UCUAUGGAUUAACACCUUCACCUUACAAAACCUUAGAAAAGUUUAACCAGUUAGGUGAACAUGGCAUUGAGCGGAAAAACUGCGAUCGUUACCGGAGGUGCCAAAGGAAUCGGAUUUGCCACAGCCGAGGAACUGUUGAAAAGUGGAGUUGAGUCAAUUCUAAUUUUGGACGUUGUGCAAAGGUUGGAUUCCGUACGAGAAAACACUCUGAAGCUCAUCAACCCGCAGGCAUCAGUUCUUUAUCGUCAAUGUGAUGUCACCAACAGGCGAUCACUGGAAGACAACUUCCGGCAAAACUUGCUUGGAUCGAUUGAUAUUCUUGUCAAUUGUGCGGGCAUUGUUGAUGAACAUGAUAGCGCCCGCACCAUUGCAGUAAAUUUGACCGGAUUGAUUGAUUGCACUAUGCUAGCCUUCGAUGUGAUGGGUAAGCACAAAUCGGGCUCUGGAGGUACAGUUGUCAACAUAGCUUCGAUCGCCGGAAUUGAGCCGAUGGAUAUGAUGGCAACAUACAGCGCAACGAAGAGUGGUGUGAUAGGCUUCACUAGAGCCAUGGGGAGUAAGGAUGUAUUCGAACACACCGGCAUAAAAGUCGUUGCUAUAUGUCCUGGAGGUACCGACACGGAAUUGCUUCAUUCAAAAUGCGAAAGACGAGUAACAUUUCCUUGGAUGGAAGCGAAACACAUUGCUUUGAUAAAACGAUUGCCGUUACAAGAACCUUCUGCUGUAGGUAGGGCUGUGAUUCAAGCGGUUCUGACAGCUGAACCUGGAUCUAUUUGGGUUUGCAGUGAAGACAAGAUAACGCCAAUGGAAUAUGGGAAAAACAAGUACAUCUAACAGCAUAGUCCAUAUCUAUAUACAUUUGUAAUAUUUUGAAGUAUCAUUCUUUUACAAACUUUUGGCUAGAGAUUAUUUAGGAAAGGUUUAAUUAGGUUAAAUUUUAUUUGAACAGAAUACCAAUCUCAGUACUUAACUACUAACACUUUGAGGAUUUCUCU